AUGAAGGGGGCGGCCCUCGUGUGCCGCGCCUGGUUCGCCCUCGCCACGCACCCCGCCCUCGCCCGCCUGUGGUACCGUCGGCUGCUGCGGCCCGAACCCCGCCUGCCCGACCUCUCCUGGACCGAGAACCUGUGUACCGAGCUGCGGGCGUGCCGGGAGCUGGGCCUGAAGCGCGAACGCGAGCGCAUCGCAUACUCGCACCCGACCAUGGAUCGCUUCGUGUGGGCCGCGUCACGCGGCCACAUUCGCAUGAUCGAGCAGCUCUGGCACAAGGCAGAAUCGGGAGUCGCGGGGAAGGGCCGAGGGAGAGGGAAGGCCAACGCGGUGCACAAGUUCUACCUGCUGGGGGACUCGCUGGUGGACACCAGCCACGGCCUGGUGAAGGGGGCCGCCUACCGCAGCGAGGAGAAGCGCAUCCCGCUGCUCGUCGCCUGCGCGGCCGGCGAGCUUGCAGCAGCGAGCUUCCUUGUCGAGGUCAAUGCGCGCCCCUUCACCAUAAGCCACGCCCACACUUUAGGGGCGCCGGUGGACGUGAGCAACACGGAGAUGCAGACGCCGCUGAUGGCCGCCUCGUGGAACGGACAUACUGACACGGUGACGUUCCUGUUGUCCAAGGGAGCCGACGCCACGACAGCCGACAUGGGCGCAAAGACGCCGCUCAUGCUCGCUGCGUCGGAGGGCCAUGCGGCCAUCGUGCAGGCCCUUCUUGCACAUCUGAGCGCCUUGGGCAAAGACAUGAAGAAGAUGGUGGAGAGGAAGGACCAGGACAAGCGGACGGCGCUGUGGUGGGCGGCAUGCAAUGGCCACGCGGAUGUGGUGCGGCUCCUGCUCCAGCAUGGCGCCAAUCCACGAGUCAAGGACGCCGACAAGCGCACGCCAGAGGAGGCAGCGCUGGACGAAGGCCACGACGAGCUGGUGGAGGAGUUCUUCGGCCACCCGGCACGCAGCCAACGCAAGGAUCGAGCGGCGCAGCGCAAGCGGCAGCGCAGGGAGGAGGACGCCGAAUAUGGCGACGAAGACGCUGAUGCGGAUCCAAGCAAGCCAACACGGCAACAACGACGCACAUCACGUGCUGCCAACGAGGAGGACGAGGAAGAGGGUGUCGACCAGCAGGAGGCCACCGCCCCGCUCCGACGAUCGCGCCGGUUACGCGGCCAAAAGGUGGAUCAGACCGACUGA